GUUGGCUGCUCUGCUUGACUGCUGUCAUAAAAGGCUGUCUCGGUAUUCCUUUUUACCCCAUUCAUUCACCAUUCACAUUCAUCAACUUCGCUUUCACCUUUCAACCACCACCGCCACCCAUCGUCCCCUCCAACUCGCUUUCUCUCUACAUACUCUCACAAGCAACCUUUCUUUCUACAUCUCUCCCAACCAUGGCUGCCUCAACCGUCCCAGGGUCGAAUGGCAGGACUCGAAAGACGACUCCAAGCAAGAAAAAGACCCAUGCAUCCCCAGGCAGCGGCGCCAUACAUCCCUACGACGAGGAGCAUCAUGAACACCACGAAACAUCACAUUCAGACUCCAGUAACCACUCGUCCAGGGCACCUAGCCCCACUCACCAGUCCGACGACAACAUCCCCGAAUUCGACAAGUCUUUCGCGAACGAAGAACAUAUCGAUGCCUUUCGAAGAGCCAUUGAAGAAAACGCCCACAGCGAAUCGGGUGCAGAACUCAUCUCGGCCGUAACAGACUUCAUUCCCGUCCAACAAGCACCUCCAAAGCGCGCACGAAGUCGCAAAUCACCGAAGCAGUAUAACGGUUACAGUUACACUCUUCUCAGAAUACCCCUCAUGGUCUUGAUCUUUAGCAUCAUCGCUGUGGAGAUGUGGAUCUAUGUCUGCGUCCGACAGAUCGUAAACUUCUGGGAGUACUUUGUUACAUGGCGUGGACGGAGGAAUCGCCUUCGCAAGGAUCUCAGGAACGCAUCGACAUAUGGCGAAUGGAAGGAUGCUGCCCAAAAACUCGACACCUAUAUGAAGAAGGACGAAUGGAAGAACGACCCAGACUUUGGAUACUAUGACUAUCAUCUACUCUCCAAGGUCAACAAGAACCUUUAUCGUGCUCGCGAAGCCAACAGGAUCGAGGAGCUUAAGGAUACUUUACAGGGUGUGGUCAAGCCCAACUUUGGUGGCGUUGAAAAUGCACGACUUUACUCGCAGACCUAUCAUGGCACAAAGAAGCCCAUCGAGGAGUAUGUUCAAGAAGUGGCCGCAUCACUACAGGCAGUGAGCGAGUCGAAGCAGCUGACAGACGAGGAGAAGCGGGUCUUCUUGAAGAGCAUCUACAAGAACUAUGGAAGGACAGCACUCUGUCUUUCAGGAGGAGCAGGAUUCGGAUACUACCAUUUGGGUGUCGUACGGGCCCUUCUCCAAGCAGGAGUCUUGCCAACUGUCAUCACUGGAACAAGUGCUGGGGCCUUGUUGGCCGCCUUGGUAUGCUGUCGCACUGACAAGGAACUAAACGAAGUCUUGGUCCCUGAGUUGUCCCACAAGUUCACAGCCUGUGCUGAUAACAUCUUUACCUGGCUCCCUCGAUUGCUUAAGAAGGGUGCACGGUUUGAUUCAGAGGAUUGGGCACGGAAGAUGCAAUGGGUCACCAGGGGAGGAUUGACGUUUGCGGAGGCAUAUGAGCGCACAGGACGCAUCCUCAACAUCUCUGUCAUCCCAUACGACCCUCACUCUCCACCAAAGCUGCUGAAUUACCUUACAACUCCGGACUGUGUUAUUUGGUCCGCAGUUAUCGCUAGUGCUGCCAUUCCCGGAAUUCUGAACCCUGUGGUGUUGAUGCGCAAACGAGCGGAUGGAUCAUUGGUUCCGUUUAGCUACGGAGGACGAGGAUACAAGGAUGGUUCUCUUCGUGCUGAUAUUCCUCUUCAGGCCUUGCAUACCCACUUCAACGUCAACUACACGAUCGUGUCCCAGGUCAACCCCCAUAUUCAUCUGUUCUUUUACGCCGCCAGAGGCAGUGUCGGUCGACCUGUGAGUCAUCUGUCUGGCGAGGGCUGGCGUGGAGGAUUUCUGGCUGCAUCCAUUGAGCAGUUCCUAAAACUGGACUUGUCAAAGUGGCUCAAAGUUCUUCGCGAUCUGGAGCUGUUGCCCAAGUUUAUGAACCAAGACUGGUCAUGGAUAUGGCUGCAGAAGUUCGAUGGACAUGUUACCAUCCUUCCCAAGUCUGGUAUUUCGGAUUGGCUCCAGCUGCUCACAGAUCCAGACGAGAACCGUCUCCAGCACUGUCUUACAGUGGGCGAGCGACAGACGUUCCCGAAGCUGCAUAUGAUUGCGAAUCGUAUGAAAAUCGAGCAGCUGAUUGCCCAGUGCCGUGCUGAUAUCAAAGGAAAGCUGGACAAUAAGACGAAUGGCCGGGGCACUCGGAAUACGGGUAUCUCAGGAUUGUUGUCAGAGGACAGCGAAAGCACUGUCAAUGCGAGAAUGCAGGCGUUUGGUGCCGGAUUCAACCCAAGUGAAGCUGCAGCAGAAUACUCGGUCGGAUCCAAUAGACGGAACAAGCGUGUGACCUCGUGGCCGGGGCUACGGUAUACGCUGGGCAAGGAAUCUGUCGGCGACUAUGGACGGCUUAACCUCAAGGGUUUACUCGGCACUGGCGAUGAUGAUGUUGAUGAUAACGAAGAGGAAGAUGAGGGCAUGGGUAUGGACGAGCGAGAGGAUGUUGGCAUGUUCGCAGACUGAACCAGAAAUACUUGAUAGCGUGUUUCUUCAAAGCCGAUUAACCAUCACAUUGUUCGAGAAAUAAAAUAAAAAAAUAAAAUGCGAAAGUGUUUCUCCU